AUGGUAUCUCAGCUUGAAACUCAAAUAGCUAAACUGACCAAAGCUUUGGAAAAUCAGACCAGAUUGUACCAAGAAGCUCUGGAGAGGAGCAGGAAAGCUGAAGAAUGUUCUGAGACUUUCCAGGAUCAACUAAAACUCUUGGAAGAGGAAUUACUGUCUGUAGAUCUGAUGCAAGAUGGUUUGAAGCUAGAGAAAAAAAAAUAUCUGAAAUUUCUGGAGCAACUUAAUGAGAAGAUGAAGUUGGAUAGCUUAGCCGCAGAGGUCGGAUUUGAUAUGAAUGUGGAUGCGAUUCUAGCCCGGGUAGAGCAGUUAGUGAAACUGGAAGGUGAUGCCGUGAUUGAAAACAAGACUCUGGCAUACAGUCUAAGAAGGAAGUUGAAGACUCAGAAAGAAAAGCUUGAAAGCCAAGAGCUGCACACGAAGCUUCUGCGGCAGAAAAUAACCCAGCUGGAAGAAGAGAAGCAAGCAAGGACCGCUUUAGCUGUGGAGAGGGAUGAGGCCAACCUCGCUGUCACAAAGUUACAUAAGAUGAUAGAGAGGUUACAGAAGCAGCUUGAUCUGGCAAGGGAAACAAAUACUGAUCUCAAAGCCAAACUGUCUGAAACUAAUGAACUUAAGAUAAAAACUUUGGAGCAGAGCAGAACAAUAGAAGAACUCAGUAAGUCUCAUGGCAAAUUGGAAAGAAUGAAAGAAAAGGCUGAGAAACAGCUUACCUCUGUUAAAUCAGAACUGCUUUUAAAGGAACGUAAAGCUAUUGAAGAUAAAGACAAAACCAAGAAUAUGUUAGAAGCAGUUACCAGUGAGAUGAAGAUGCUUAAAACAACCCUUGCAGAAUUAGAAAAAAGAGAGAGACAGUGUUUUUUGGCCAAAUUGGAAGAACACGUGAAAAGUGAG